AUGAAACAAAAUAUGAGCCGGCUCCGAGCAUUUUCUUUGCCGGAUUUAGUUCCGUCUGAUUCUGGUUCUAUUACAUCACCAACAAGAACCACCGAGCAUCAACCUCAUGAAGACUCUGGUUUAGAAGGAAUCUCUACGAACGUGAAGCUACUUUUGAAGCUCGUUCAAGAUCACAACGAAGCAACCUCGAAGCAACGCGAUGAUUGGAAGGCGCAGAGAGUCAACACGAUGAUGACGAUUCUCGACGAUUUGAAGGCUAGAAUACAGAAAGCUCAACAACAAUCAUCGUCAGGGAAAAAAGAGCUUAGACGAUGCAACACAGAGCUGAAACCUCGUCAUGAUCUGAACAAGAAUCCUAUGAAGCCGCCACAGAACGAUCCGGAUGAUGAGAAGAAAGGAGAUGGUGAUGGUCAAGGAGAUCACAAAGACGCGUCUCUUCAGGGAAGAAACAAAGAGUUGUCUGAACAGCUUCUCAAAUCCAUUGACGGAUACCGUUCUCUGAAAAGGAGAUACAAAGAUGUUCAAGAGGAAAAUGGAUCGAUAAGACGAACGCUUAGAGACUCUGCAGAAGAAGUGAACGCUGGUACUCAGAGACUAACCGAGUUGCGUGAGAAGAUCACGAGAGAAGAUGAAAUGAAUCUUCAGGAUGAGAUCUCAGAUUUAGAGAAGUUGUUUCAAGGGUUUAACUUAAAGAUAUCGAACCAUUCCCAGAAAAAGUAA